AUGUCAGAAUACAGUCCAUUGGCGAUCGGCCUCAAGGUCUUUUCAAUCUUCUCCAUGGCUACAAGUACAGCAGAUGUCAUUGCCGGACACAAAGCUCUCAUCCCAGCCUCCGAGCGAGCUCUACUGCCGAAAUCAACACUCUCUGUACUUGACAACCAACUACGUUUCCUAGGAGCGGUAUGGGGAGGAUACGGGGCACUCCUGUGGUGGGCAAGCAAUGAUCUUGAAACGAGACAGACUCCUCUCGCAGUACUUGGAGCUGUUAUGUUUAUUGCUGGCAUCGGUCGGACCGCUUCGGGGUUGGCCACUGGUUGGGGUGCACCUUGGCUUAAAGUUGCCGCCGGUAUCGAGCUCGUUUUCCCACCUCUGAUUUACCUGUUUGGGUUCUAG